GUUCCAACCAUUACUUCUCUCAUUCUCUCCAUCUCUAGGGAUUCUCUAAGUCAACUCCUUAAUGUCCUCUCUUUCUGUACUAUAAAUAUCAGUCAUCUCACUUCCUUCAAAACAUAAAGACAAGCAAGUGCAAACUCAGAGCAUGAAGCUUCUCUAAUUAAAUAGUUAGCACUUACUAUAUACUCUAUUUAUUUAGCCUUUGACUGUUUUUGGUAAUCUAGCUAGGGUCAUGGACAACGCAGAGGUUCCAUCAGUUCCUUCAACCCCAGCAACACCAGGUACUCCUGGUGCUCCUCUCUUUGGUGGGUUUAAGGGGGAGAGAGGUGUUCAUGGUAGAAAAUCCCUUUUGAGAAGUUGCAAGUGUUUCAGUGUGGAAGAAUGGGCGAUGGAAGAAGGAAGAUUGCCUCCUGUCUCUUGCUCACUGCCCCCUCCUCCUGUCUCGCUAGCAAGAAAGGUGGGAGCUGAAUUCAUUGGCACUCUUAUACUGAUCUUUGCUGGGACAGCCACGGCCAUUGUUAACCAAAAAACACAAGGCUCAGAAACUCUCAUUGGCCUUGCUGCCUCUUCCGGACUAGCUGUAAUGAUCGUUAUAUUAUCAACAGGCCACAUCUCUGGAGCUCAUCUCAACCCAUCUAUCACCAUUGCCUUUGCUGCCCUAAAACACUUUCCAUGGAAACAUGUGCCAGUGUACAUCGGGGCACAAGUAUUGGCAUCAUUAUGUGCUGCAUUUGCAUUGAAGGGGAUAUUUCACCCUGUAAUGGGAGGGGGGGUCACAGUUCCUUCUGGGGGUUAUAGUCAAGCUUUUGCUUUAGAGUUCAUUACCAGCUUUAUUCUCAUGUUCGUUGUCACUGCUGUAGCCACCGACACAAGAGCUGUGGGUGAGCUGGCGGGAAUCGCGGUAGGGGCUACUGUCAUGCUCAACAUACUCAUUGCUGGUGUCUUCAUUUUCAUGUGCAGGGAAACAACAGGAGCAUCAAUGAACCCAGUCAGAACAUUAGGGCCAGCCAUUGCUGUAAAGAACUAUAAAGCGAUAUGGAUUUACCUCACUGCCCCGAUCCUCGGAGCGCUGUGUGGAGCAGGAACUUACUCUGCUGUCAAGCUGCCAGAAGAAGAUGGUGAUUCUAAUGAGAAAACAUCAGCAGCAAGGAGCUUUAGGAGGUGAUAAUUGAACACCAUAAACAAACCAACACAGAUAAUCCCAGAAUGCUGUUAGAUGAAAGUGCAGAUGAGGAAAACAAGAUGAAGCUACUGCUCGUUGCAUUCUGGCCGGUUUAUACACAAAAUUAAGAUAAAAUGUGAAUAGUUUGGCUUUUACUAAUAUAUAUGAAGAAAUUUCUUGCGGUGCUAGCUAUCUUAGUUGGAAGUGGAUGAUGUUAUCUCAAAA